AUGGCUAAAAUGAACAAAGUUGCGUGGAUAUUUCCGUGCCUAGUUUGGCUUGCAGUGACCAGCGUUCCUCGAGUUAAAGGGGGAGCCGGUGUUCCGUUACCUGGAGCAACUGGUGGGCUUACCAAGGCGCAGGUCGUAGAUGCAAACUUGAAAGUAACGGCACGUUAUGCGACAAGACUUGAAGUGCAGUGGGAAGUGAAUUCAAAUGAACUGAUACAGGAGUGCUUGUUGACUAUAUUCUACGGGUCAACGCAGGAUGUCAGAGAUUGUUUGCAACCGUCUCGACAAACUAGCGAAAAGUUCCAAGAUUCCGUGUUCGAUUAUACUAAAAAAUACGGCAGAAAUAAAGCUGUUGCUCGAUCGUCGAACGAAGAAGACUUCGCCCCUUUGAGUUUGCAAACUCAAAUGAAAGGCAAGGAUUUAAAUUACAAAGGAGAUGUUGAAAGGAAAACAAACUUUAUGGAUCAGCUAGAAGAAGGUCGAGAAAAUUCGGUCGUGUUCUACAACAUCACGGGUUUGGAUGCCUGUACUUCAUACGACCUGCAGCUCAUCGUUGUUCCCAUUGGAUUUAAUACAAAUGACACAGAUUCAUAUUACUACCGUGACUCGCUAGAGCAGGAAAACACAGGACCUGAUGAAACUCUGCCUCCGAAGCAACUGUCCUGUUCGAUCAGCGAACAAAAUGAAGAUAUCUGGAUUUUCUCAUGGCAAGACCCAAUGAACGAAUGCCCAACGUCGAAGUUCAAUGUUGCUUGGACCGCCCAGAGUCGCUGGAGUUCAGCGGUUGCCAGCAUGUCUUAUGUCACCAUAGAACACCAAGAACAAUUUAUCGACUUUCUAGCGUACGCAGAUUACCAUUUCGCAGUAUCUGCCGACUACGGUGAUGUCACUAGUGCCAAUGGAAGUAUUGUAUGCACAUCACCUGAAAAAGCACCAAGUGCACCUCAAAAUGUGAGAGCCACGGGCCACGAUCAGACUUCUUUGCUGGUUGAGUGGGACGCCCCGGUAGCUGCGAAUGGCAUCAUAAAAAGUUACGUCGUAUUCAUGAAUAACUCAAAAGAAAGCAUCUCUGUUGAUGUGAUUUCCCAAGACACGUUUUACGAAGCAACAGGACUCGAAUCCUGCCUCAACUACUCCAUCGAAGUGGUGGCUGUUAACGGAGCUGGAUAUGGACCGCCCAGCGAUAUGAUUACGCAUUUAUACGAAAGUGGAGGGACUUCAAACCUUGAGUUUAUAGUUUGCCAUGUCAACUCAUCGGGAGUUUACACUCAAUGGAACCCAAUUUAUCGUGAUUGUAAAGAGUCUUCGUAUGAAGUAUGGUACAGUCUUUAUAUUCCCUGGAAAAACGAGACUAGGAGUGAUGAGACAACCGUGAAUGUGAACCACUAUGACCUGCCUGCGACGGAUUUCUACCCCGGGACGGAGUACAAUAUCAUUGUAGCAACAGCAGAUUUUAGCUUAGAGAGUGGAUGCGCCGUAAAUUCAAGUGACACAAAGAGCAGCCCACCGUCAAUUACCGAGCUUUCUGCCACGGUUUCUUCGGUCUAUGUGAAAUGGUCGCCGCCUGAGGAAGCGAACGGUUUGAUCCAAAGCUACAUCAUUUCACUCACUGGGGACAACGGUCAGAGCCUACACGAGUUUGUUGACGGGUCCACAACACAAGUGAAUGUAGCGGAAAAAAUUCUUUCUGGCACGAGCUAUGAGGUGGAGGUGGCCGCAAUCAACGGUUUUGGCGAAGGCGAGUAUUCAGCACCAAAAACUGUGACCACCCUACCAAGCCGUUCAUAACCUUCCGAGGGAAUGAAAAAGUAUCCUACUAGUAAAAUGUAGUUUUGAUAAUAAAGAGACAAGUGCCACAGA